AUGGGUGGUUUUACUUUAACUCGGCAAGAUCAUAAACUUACUUUUCUCCAUAACACUGUUGUUACGGAGUGUCAUGACUUUUCUGGACCUACAUUUGGUUUUGAUUUUGUUGAUUACCAGUCUCUUAUCUCAUUGGUCCAUCCUGAAAACACCGCUAUCGAUGUUAUUGGAUUAGUCGUUGCAAUUGGUAAGAUGGGGCGAGACAAUGAUGAUAUGAAAAAACACAGGCUAAACAUCCAAAUCCAAGAUGCAAAUGGUUUGCAAUUAAGUGUCAAUUUGUGGGGUGAUUUUGUUUACAAAAUGCAAGGCUUUCUUGAUAACAAUCCACACAAUCUUCGUAUCAUUGUUAUCCUUCAAUUUGCAAAACUUAGUAUUUGGAGAGAUCGUCCCACAGUUAACACCUACUUUUCUGUGUCGAAGCUGUUCAUUAACACGGACAUUGAUGAAAUCAAUGUUUUUAAGAAAAUUUUGGAUGGAAAUGAUCGCCCCGAUUCAUCCAUAAAUACAUUCACACUUAUGAAGUCUAAUAAAGUUUCUGAACAUGAUGAUUUCAUGGUUAAGUUUCAGUUCAAGACAAUUGUUGAUGUUUCUGAACCCGUGGAGGGAAUUUUACAAAAUGAACCAUGGCAUUAUUUGGCAUGUACAAAUUGCAACUACAAAGCAGUUCGGCGUUGUGGUGCACACGAUCAACCUAAUGCUGAUGGAUUAACUAAUGGUUAUGAAUGUCAUAAUAAGGAGUGCACAAAAACUGAAACUUCAGUUAUUCUGAGUACUGGUACUAUUACCUUAACCAUGUUUGAAAGAGAUGGAAAUUAUCUUUUGAAGAAAUCAGCCAAGGAUCUGUUUAAUAAAACAUUAAAGCUUGGUUUUAGUACUGCUUUUUAUCCCGGAGAGAUAAAUGCACUAAAAGGUUUGAAAUUGGCGUUUAAAAUAUCAAUCAAUCACUUCAACGUCUCAAAAAGGAACAACGAAUAUAGUAUAUGUAGAGUUGAUACUUCACAGUCAUUUGAUAUUGGUGAAGCUAAUUUUGAAUCACAAGAUAAUAGGAUUUUGAAGGUUAUAUAG